GCUCACCAUGAAGACCUCAGUUCAGCUUGUGACGUUGUGGGGGAAUCAAGCCCCAGCUCAUAGCAUCACAGCCAUCUUGAUCACGGAAGACCAGAGAACCAUUGUUACGGGGAGUCAAGAAGGACAAAUCUGCCUCUGGGAUCUGUCAUCAUCAGACCUGAAGAUUUCAUCAAAGCAAAUGCUCUUUGGUCACACGGCGUCAGUGACAUGCUUGGCCAAGGCGAGGGACUUUGAGAAGCAUCCAUACGUGGUCAGUGCUACUGAGAACGGGGAAAUGUGCAUCUGGAACGUCAUCUCUGGGCAGUGUGUGGAGAGCACGAGGCUUCCCUUUCGGCACACAGCGAUUUGUUAUUACCACAGCUCAUUCCGCAUGACGGGGGAGGGCUGGCUCCUCUGCUGUGGGCAGUAUAACGAUAUCCUCAUCAUCGAUGCCAAAGCGCUGUCUGUGCUUCACACCUUGACGUCCUCUCAGUCUUCGGAUUGGAUCAGCUGCAUGUGCUUAGUGCAUUCCCCUCGGAUCCAAGAGGAUUCCUUAAUAGCCAUCUCCGCAACAGGAACCCUUAAAGUCUGGGAUCUGUCCUCAUCAGUUAGCAGGAUACGGGAGAGGCAGAAUAUUCAUGAAAGGGAAUCCAAAUCUCUGGACUGUGCUCCCUGCUGCACCGUCAGAUUUUGCACCUUUACGGAAAGGCUUCUUCUCGUCGUGUUUUCCAGCUGCUGGAAGAUAUACGAUUAUUGUGACUUCUCCUUGCUGUGGACUGAAUUCAGCCCGAGUGGCCAGUCCUUUGCUGGAGGCGAAGUCCUCGCUGCUCACAGGCUCAUCAUCUGGAUGGAGGACGGCCGUGGCUUCAUCUACCAGCUGCUGAACAGUGGUCUUUCGCGAAGCAUCCAGCCAUGCAAUGGACGACCGCUCAAAGAAACCCUCCACCCUCAUUUACUUUGUUCUACUGAUGUGGGAGAUGAGAAGAGUUUUUCUUACAUUAUGGGCUUCAUCAAUGAAAGAAAGGAACCUUUUUAUAAGAUCCUUUAUUGUGGAGCAGCAUCAGGCAGAAUCACUCUGUGGCAUAUUCCAGAUGUGCCAGUUUCAACUCUUGACGGCUCUCCAAAAGAGAUCCCUAUAGCAACAUCCUGGACACUUCAGAACAGCUUUGACAGCUGCAGUCCUGUGGCCGAAGGCAUCAUCGACCACCUCUGUGGAGCUGAGAAUAGGAUGGGGAGUGACGCCAUCACCUCCUCCAUUUAUAUCCCCAGCCUUGAUAAACUGGUGUGCGGGUUUGCGGAUGGCAGGAUCUUCAUCAUGCUGGCUCUGCAGGCUGCCAAGGCCAGGCUGAUGGGAAAGGGCUCCUUGCUGAAAGACCCCCUGCCUCACAGAAUACUCAGCCACCACAGCACCAGCGUGACCUCCUUACUAUACCUCCAUGGCCGAUCAGCCCGGUUUGAUCCCAGCUGGCUGAUGUCAGGGAGCCAGGACUCCAGUGUGGUCUGGUGGGACAUUUUUACCGGGGAAUUAUUGCAUUGCUUUUCACUGCAAGCUGGUCCCGUCACGAAUCUGCUGUUGUCUUCAGAGAACUACAGGUUCAGAGGCCACCGGAUCGUGUGCUGCUUGUGUAGCGAUGACCACGCUGUGGUGCUUUUGCACAUACAAGAGCGAACCUGCCUCAUGCAGGCCAGGAAACACCUUUCCCCUGUGAAGAGGCUACGGUGGCACCCUGUGGAAAAUCUCUUGGUGGUUGGAUGCGAAGAUGAUUCCGUUUACGUCUGGGAUAUUGAGACCGGAAGUCUUGAGCGCCACGAAACUGGGGAAAUUGCUCAGGCAAUCCUCGCUUGCUGCGAGGACUCGGUCAUGGCAGCGGCAGAUUCUCUGUCGUCCGUCUUUGAAGAAGACACCCCCAAGCAGGAAAACCUGGAUGGCCAAUCUUCCAACUCCUAUAAAAUCGGCACUCUUUCCUACAGCAGCCUCGCUCAUCGAGAAAAGUCUUCCCACCAUCAGCUAUCCACUGCCUGCCACACCCAAUGGCCUUUUACCAUCCUGCCUGUGAAGACGGAGCGACAGAACAUCCAUUUUCAUGUCCUUCUCUUUGAUUUGGAAAAAUUGGCCGAACUGCUGCAUUCAGCCCAGCUCAAGGGACUGAAGUCAUCCAGCUCCUUCCACAGCUAUGACGCUCUAAAGAGAGCCAAAAGCACAGCUGACAAAAGGAUGCUAAUGCUGAAACGAAACAGAACUUCUGGGUCACUCUUUCCGUUUGAUGGGCAAGUCAAGGCUCCAGCUGAAGAGCAAACAUUUGGGGAGAGUAAUGCAGUUGGCUCUACGGAACAAAGUGGCGGCAUCAAAAGACACAAGAAGCCGAAGAGUUCAAAGAAGGUUCGGAGGCAGCCAUCAGGAAAAGUCAAUGUGAAUGUUGUCAUGGAUGCAGCAAAGCUCCUCUUGUCAUGCCUCUUGCCUUGGGGUGUGGAUGGGGAGUUGGAUGAUCUCUGUGUUCAGUAUUUAGAUAUCUUGAGACUUCUCUAUCCAGUCUCACUUGGACUUAUGUCAAGGAACAAUCAUCUCUCUCUGACAUUGCCGGGAUGGCGCAAUGCCAGUUCCCCAGGGGUGGAACAGCAGCAGGAGGCAAAUCACUUGUUCUCCAGAAAAGUGCUGGAUUUGUGUCAUAGGUACAUUAGUGUGGCCCAAGAGCAAACAGAAAGGGUCAACGGGCACACAAAAAACAUCCGUACCACAGAGAGAUCCCUGACUCUGAGUUACUUACUGAGAAGGAUAUAUUUAGUUCAAAGGAUAUUUGGCAGGCCCUUAGAAAAGACAAGCCGCCAGAAACUGGAGUCUGCACGCAACAAAUGGAGACCCACACCAUCUCUUGGGACCACAAGCUCUUAUGAAGAGUCCACUAAACACAUGUUUGGGUUUCCUGUCCAUGAACCAGAGAACAGUUCACUUGUCAAACUUAUUUCUUCUUGGAGAGACCAAUCCAUAGAGAUGACUGAAGCCAUUCAGGCUGCUCUGCUGGCUGAAGUUCAGCAGGGCCUGAGAAACCGUCGGAAGACAUUGGCCAACGGUCGUGGGCAAGCAAGUGCCAAAGUGGAGGAGCGAAGGACCGAGGAGCCAGAGAUUAUAAAGAGCCACCCCUUGCUGGCUGCCACCAAUUGUGACAACUGCACAACACCUGCAGACCUCCAAGAAGGAAAAGACCCAGCUGAGAGGCAGGUAUUGGAAGAGUCAGAAAAUCCAGAUGAGAGGAAGUCGCAUCCUUGGCUGUUCAAGGUGUGUUCUUGCAAACUGUGUUAGAGCUCGGUCUCACCCUCCUAAGGAAGGCAGAAGAUGGAGAAUUGUAGCAGAAGUGGAAAUUCACGCUGUGUUUUGGUGUGGCUGCCUAUUUCUUGGGCUUUGCAUUAACCAUAUUUCACGGCACCUUCUGAUCCUUCCAUGGCUCCACUCCACAUCCCUCUCCCCAUUACGACAUUUACCCUAAAUAACCAGGGCAGAGUUCCUGCUUCUGCUGAGGAAAACAUGUACUAUUUUUCACCCCAUUUACUUUCAACUUUUCAUUAUUUAGGCACCCGACUCCCCCCCCCUUAAAAAAAGGCAAUGGUGAGACAGCGCUAAGAUGUUUGAACCACAUGACAAUGCAAAAGUGUUUAUCUGAGUUUACCACACACACAAGAAGGUUUUCAGUGUGAGCUGCUUUGGAUCAUUAU